CGCGCACGCCGGAGACCGAGCUUCAUGUAACACCGGGACUGUCCCUGCAAAUCAGGCUCCGGAGGAAAGUAUGAGAUUUGCCCCGCUCUGUGGAGGGGUACAUUCUGUGAAAGGAGAAGAGAGCCGUGACGUCACUUCCGGCGGGCGGGGUGUCAGGGACUAGAUGGUGAGAGCGACCCCGGAGGACGGUGACUGGAGCACGGAAAUGACCUAGAGGCCUUACAAAUACAUGGUGUGCAUUCUUGUCUCCGGAGCGGAGUCAAUCUGGGAGCUGCACUUGUUUCCGCUGUAACUAAACUACCUCAACAAACCCAGAGAGAGGAAGACGAGGGGAGGAGAAGCUUCCAGCCGCGAAUCUGUCAGGAACUCCAGGCACUUCAGUGCAGACUGGAUCUGCCGGACUGUAGCACCCGCCCAGGACCUACCCGCUGUUGACCAGUGUUUGGGGUCUCUUUUCGCUUGUGUUUUUUUGGAAUCUCGUGGAUCGGUUUGGCUUUCUUUUCCUGUUACACUAACUGUUUGGGAUAAGUUUUUUUGUGUUUUUGUUUGUUUGUUUUUUGCCUGCAGUGGAAACGGUGCCGCGGAGGGUUAACAGGAGCGGAGCCCUCAGCGAGCGAGGCGCGCACGCAUCUCAUUGUGGAAGCUACAAGUUGUGAACUGCAGCUGGGCUGCACUGAAUACUAAAGACAAAUCCCUACGUCAGCGGAUCUGCGGCCUCCCUGUCCCCGCUCGCCCACAGCCUGCCUUUUGGAAAUGCCUUGUACAAAACCCAUGUUUGCCACCCUGCUCUACUAUUUGACAUAGCCAACCAACUGGAGGCGGGUUUUGUAAGGCACUGCUGAUUUUUAGGUUAGGGGCGCCCCGUGGCUUAGUCGGUCACCUAUGUAUUGCUGUAGCGCACAGGAAAGUAAGAUGGACUACAAGAGGCGGUUUUUGCUUGGCGGGUCCAAGCAGAAGGUGCAGCAACACCAGCAGUACCAGAUGCCUGAGCUCAGCCGGACUCUGAGCGCACCCUUGGCCUCCACUACCCCUUUAGUAUCUUCAGCUAACAGCUGCCCUCACCCUGCUGCCCACACUACGCCCAUAGCGGACAUCCAGCAGGGCAUCUCCAAGUAUUUGGAUGCGCUCAACGUCUUCUGCCGCGCAAGCACUUUCCUCACUGACCUUUUCAGCAGCGUUUUCCGUAACUCGCACUACUCAAAGGCAGCUAUGCAACUCAAAGACGUGCAGGAACAUGUCAUGGAGGCUGCCAGUCGGCUCACUGCAGCAAUAAAACCAGAGAUUGCAAAAAUGCUGAUGGAGCUGAGCGCCGGGGCUGCCAACUUUAAAGACCAGAAUGAGUUCAGCCUGCAGGAUAUAGAGGUGCUCGGUCGCUGCUUCUUGACUGUGAUGCAGGUUCAUUUUCAGUUCUUGUCCCAGGCGUUGCAGAAAGUGCAGCCUUUUGCCGAAGCGAUAGCACACGAGCGCAAGAACGCUCCCGGAUCCGGUGACCUGAGCCCCACAAGAGAGCUGGGCGACGCUGUGAGGACUUGGCGAGGAGCUACCGAGGCCACAAGCCGCUUGCGCGAGAGAGGUUGUGACGGGUCCCUGGCCGGGCUAGAAGUUCAGCAGCUUUUCUGCUCCCAAAGCUUGGCCAUCCCAGAUCAUCACCUCAAGGAACUUAACCUGAAGAUCGACAGUACCUUACAGGCCUACAGGAUGGCGCUGGAAAGUCUGGGUCACUGUGAAUAUGCAAUGAAGGCCGGCUUCCACCUCAAUCCCAAGGCCAUCGAAGAAUGUCUGAAGGGCUGCUGUAGUGAUGCGGAGGCACAACAGGCAGGGAGGAGACAGACACCACCUCAGCCCAUCCAGUGCGAGCUCCCGACCGUUCCAGUGCAGAUCGGCUCCCACUUCCUUAAAGGAACGUCCUUUAACGAGUCAUCAACUGAUAACCUAAAGCUGAAAACGCAUGCGAUGCUGCAGCUGAUCAAAGAAGUCGAUACACACAACGGCAUGACCGACAGGGAUGAAACCGCCGUGACUGAAAUUCUCAAUCAAGUGUGUCCUUCCACAUGGCGGGGGGCAUGUAAAACUGCAGUGCAGUUGCUUUUCGGCCAGGCUGGUCUGGUGGUCGUUGACACAGCACAGAUUGAGAAUAAGGAAGCCUACGCACCUCAGAUCAGUCUGGAGGGCUCGAGGGUUAUCGUGCAAGUUCCAUCCACUUGGUGUUUGAAGGAAGAUCCGGCUACCAUGUCUCUGCUGCAGAGGAGUCUGGACCCAGAGAAGACCCUGGGGCUGGUGGAUGUUCUGUACACAGCGGUGUUUGAUGUCACGCGCUGGAAGGAGGGCCGGGAACAAGCAUUGCCGAUCAUCCAGAUUCAGCUCCAGAGAGAAACCUCAGAGUUUGGAAGUCAGAUCGAUCUUCCGCACGGGAAUGGCAGCAAGUCGGCCGGAGGGCUGCAAAAGACUUUCUCCAAACUGACUUCACGAUUCACCAAGAAAGUGUCUUGUAGCGUCUCGGGUCACAGCGGAAGUUACUCUGUCCCUCAGACCCCCUCCAAACAUGUCUUAACCACUAAUAACUCAGAUGAAAAGGGGAAACUCCCCAACCACACGGACUCCAAGAUCCAGAACAUGCUGACCCUUGGAAGCUUCUCCAGGUCCAUGGACCACUCCAGCCACAGCACAAACAGCCAGUUAGUCAAUGGGUUUCUGGUCGACCGCAGAGAGGACUUGUUCAAAGGAGACGAUCCAAAGGACGAGAAAGGAAUGAACUUGCCUUCUGAUCAGGAAAUGCAGGAUGUCAUAGAUUUCCUAUCCGGCUUUAAUAUGGGCAAAUCUCAGCAGACCUCUCCUGUGGUCAAGAGGAGAAAUUCGACUACGUCCUCUGUAGUGCCGGAGCAGAAGCAAGGGACUGUCAAGCCACCGUCGCAGCCGGUGAUGCAUCCUCCUUCGAUGCAUCCUCCAGCUCAGCCACAGCAGCAGCAACAACCAGGACUGUUACAGCAACCACCGCAGCUGCCGAUCUCCCAGAAACAGCAGCUGCAGUAUUAUCAGCACUUGUUUCAGCCAAUCGGCCCUCAGCAGCAGCAGCAACAAUCACAGCACCCAUCGGGGAAAUGGUUAAACAGUUCCUCCCAGCCGUCGUCACAAGCUGUUGGCAGCGGCUUGUCUCCCCUUGGUCAGCUGAGCCAAUGGAGCAGCCAGGGGGUCUCUGAUCUGAGCUCAGACUUGUAUAGUAUGGGGCUCGUCAGCAACUUUAUGGAUAACAUGAUGUCCGAGAUGCUGGGACAGAAACCUCAAGGACCUCGAAAUAACACUUGGCCGAAUCGUGACCAAAGUGAAGGAGUGUUCGGGAUGCUUGGAGAUGUUCUGCCUUUUGAUCCUGCAGUUGGCUCGGACCCAGAGUUUGCCCGGUAUGUGGCCGGGGUCAACCAAGCUAUGCAACAGAAACGGCAAGCACAGCACGUCCGUCGCCCGAGCGCCACACGUAGCAACUGGCCCCAUCCUGACGAGUCGCACAGAACCUGGCCGUUCCCAGAAUACUACGAAGGGGAUGUGAUGAACAGCAGCUGGACGGGGGCUCAGGGAGAUUCCGCAAGUUCAAGCGACGAGACCUCCUCUGCCAACGGAGACAGUCUCUUCUCUAUGUUCUCAGGUCCAGACCUUGUUGCUGCAGUCAAGCAGAGAAGGAAACAUAGCAGUGGUGAACAAGAGGCAAACACACUCCCCUCGCCACCUCUCCUCUCGACGGUGGAUGAUCUCAACCAGGAGAACAAAACCAAAACGUGGCCCCCCAAGGCCCCUUGGCAGCACUCCUCCCCCCUCACCAAUACACUGCCCAAUCAGAGUUCUUCUUUAUACCACAUGACAAAUCCCGUGAGCCAGUGGAACGACACAAUGCAAAUGCUGCAGUCGCCGGUCUGGUCCACGGCCAACGACUGCGCUCCGCCGACGGGGAUCUCCUCAACGUUCGCUUACGCACAGCAGCAAUCUCAGCAGGCAAACAAGGGCUUUAAAUCCUUCCAGAUGAAGCACGAGCGCAGGCCCUCCUACCUGCACCAGUUCUGACCAAGCUGCUAGACCCCCAUUUCAGCUGCAUCCGUGUGUUGGGUGUGUUUAGGGGGGGUGUGGGGGGUGGGGGUUGGGUUUUGUUGUGGAAGGUUUGGGUUACACGCAGUAUGGGUCGUUUGGUUCUGAUCCUGUGUUGUGGUUUCCAUAGACUAAUCGCCUCCACUGUAAUCUUCUCCGGCUGAAUGUUAGGGGGCGAUAGAGCAUUGUGACCAUUCAGCAGUUUAGAGGAGUUCCCCUUUAAGUUUUUUUUUAUUUAUUUUCAUUUUUAUCUCUAACACAUCUAGGUUCCCAUGUGGUGGCACAGAACAGCACCGCGAACCGCAUGCAUCUCUUCAAAAGACGCUAGUUUCAUUUUGAGCUUUUUUUUUUAUUUUUUUUAUGCAAUUCUAUUUUUUUUAUCAAUUUUUUUUUUUUUUCAUUUCAUAGUGGAGUUGCACAGUAACAUUUUUCAGAUUUUCGGACGAUUCCUCCAUGCACGUCAAUAGGUCAAAUGGCACAUACGUUUUUUUUUUUGUUUUUGUUUUUUUCUUAAUGCAAUGCUUUUUCUAAACUUGUCAUUAAAUGGACCUUUGCAUUUUUUUAUUUUAGUUUUUUUUUUUGCAUCUUUCAAAGGCAUAAACACAUUAAUAUCGACCAUGUGUGAACGCAGCCUAAAGAUAUGGAUCCUUACCAAGGAUACGUAUUAAACCCACCGUCCCCAGCCCAUUAGAACACUGCACGGUCCGGGGGGCAGAUUGUGUACUGGUGAACCGGGCCUUGCUGGUAGUACAUCCCCUAUACAGGGGGGUUGCAAGUGCAGCCCCUCCCCCCCAGCACGACUCUAGGUCCUGGUGGUCUGCAGGUGUCUAUAUAAGAGAACGGAUGACCCCAGAAUGUUAUGUUUCUCUUAGAAAGAGACCACAGGGGCUCUCAGCAAAGGGUCGCCCUUCCCCAUGAUUAGCUGGUGUCAGUGGGACCUCCAAACCAACAUGGGGGUCACCUUUACAAUUGCUCCAAUGCUGUAUUUAUAUGGACGUGCUUAUUGCAUCCACAUAGAAAUGCAUCAGUUUAGCUGACUUUUUUUUUUUUUCCCCCCCCCCCCCCCAGUAGAUGUAACUCAUAACGUGCAGGGUUGAGGGGCACCUCCCAUA